AUGGUUGGUGUCAAAACAGGGGUCACCUGCAACCUGCACAGCAUUGGGACUUGGGAGUGGACCCGGUGGAGCUGGCGGUUAAAAAAGUGACAGCAAUUUCUGUUUAAUAUCUUAUUUAAAACCCAAAACCAGUAACCCAGUAAUCCAGUCAUGGACGGGUUAUAAAAGAGGAAGAUGCAACGCGUUUGACCUCGUAAAACCCGUUCCUAUUGGAGUCUCUUCCACGCCUUGGGAAGAACUGUACCCAAAUUAAAACGCCAACGCCUCCAAGCCCCACCUUCUGAGCCCUCUCUCUCUCUCUCUCACGCACACAACCACGAUCCAUAUCCAACUGGCCAAUUCAUUCUCAACGACCGCUCAGCCCACUUCAUUUCCUCCGUCAAUCGAGGCCAAAAUUAAACCAAAAAGCAAAUCCAAGAAGACCCAUUUUCCUUUCCUGAUCUGAUCUUCCAUCAGAGUCAACCAUAACAAAGGAUUUGAAGGUUGGUCCGCCGUGGUUAUGGCGGACUUAGUGAAGCAAAUCUUGGCAAAGCCGAUCCAACUAGCUGACCAAGUCAUCAAGGCUGCUGACGAGGCUAGUUCCUUCAAGCAAGAGUGCACGGAGCUCAAGGCCAAGACAGAGAAGCUCGCCGGGCUACUCCGCCAGGCCGCCCGGGCCAGCUCCGAGCUCUACGAGCGCCCCGCGCGGCGGAUUAUCGACGAUACCGAGCAAGUCAUCGAGAAGGCUCUAGCCCUCGUGCUCAAAUGCCGUGUCAACGGCAUAGUCAAGCGCGUGUUCACUAUCAUCCCCGCUGCUGCCUUUCGCAAGAUGUCGUCUCAGCUCGAGAAUUCGAUCGGCGACGUGUCGUGGCUGCUCCGUGUGUCGGCUCCGGCUGAUGAUCGCGGCGACGAGUACUUGGGUCUACCUCCUAUAGCAGCAAACGAGCCAAUUCUGUGUCUCAUAUGGGAACAGAUUGCGAUUCUGUAUACGGGUUCCCUCGAGGACCGAUCCGAUGCCGCGGCUUCGCUGGUUUCGCUUGCCCGGGACAAUGAUCGGUAUGGGAAGCUAAUCAUAGAGGAAGGUGGGAUCGGACCCUUGUUGAAAUUGAUCAAAGAGGGCAAACUGGAAGGACAAGAAAACGCUGCGAGGGCAAUUGGGCUACUGGGACGGGACCCGGAAAGCGUCGAGCACAUGAUCCACGCGGGUGUGUGUUCGGUGUUUGGGAAAAUCCUGAAAGAAGGUCCCAUGAAAGUCCAGGCUGUGGUGGCUUGGGCUGUUUCUGAGCUUGCGGCUAAUUACCCCAAGUGUCAGGAGCUUUUUGCCCAGCACAAUAUAAUCCGUUUGCUGGUGAGCCAUCUCGCGUUUGAGACCGUUGAAGAGCACAGCAAGUAUGCCAUUAGCAGCAUCAGAGCCGCCUCGAUCCAUGCGGUUGUAAUGGCAACUAAUGCUCCAAACGCCAAGAAUAUGAACAAGGCAAUUGACGAAGAUGAAAAGCAAUGUAACAAUCAAAUUCCUCACCCCACGGCGAACAAGGCCCCCAGUCAGAUGUACAAUGUGGUGACGAAUACCAUGGCGAUGAGGAUCCAGUCCAAGCUACUCCAACCACAAGGUAAUGAUUCAACUCAAGCCAACCACAACAACAACCACAGCACAAACAACAACCAUAACAACAAUGUGAAGCAGAAUCAUCAACUCCAUCUACCCCACCACCAGCAAAAUGUUUCGCUUUCAGGGAGUAAUCUCAAUCUUAAGGGGAGGGAAUUGGAAGACCCUGCUACCAAGGCCAACAUGAAAGCAAUGGCAGCAAAAGCCCUUUGGCACCUUUCCAUAGGAAACUCAGCCAUCUGCCGCAGUAUCACUGAGUCAAGAGCACUGUUAUGCUUCGCAGUUCUCCUGGAGAAAGGGCCUGAAGAUGUCAAGUACCAUUCUGCCAUGGCAUUGAUGGAGAUUACUGCAGUGGCCGAGGAAGAUGCCGAAUUGAGAAGAUCUGCAUUCAAGCCCAGUUCACCCGCCUGCAAAGCUGUUGUUGACCAGUUGCUAAACAUCAUUGAGGAGGCAAAUUCAGACCUCCUUAUCCCGUGCGUCAAGGCUAUUGGGAAUUUGGCAAGGACAUUCCGAGCAACGGAGACAAGGAUGAUCAGCCCGUUAGUGCGGCUUCUCGACGAGAGAGAAGCUGAGAUUUCCAGGGAGGCUUCAGUUGCUCUCUCAAAAUUUGCCUGCACAGAUAACUAUCUCCACCUUGAUCACUCAAAGGCAAUCAUAAGUGCUGGAGGGGCAAAACACUUGAUCCAACUGGUGUAUUUUGGUGAACAAAUUGUUCAAAAUUCAGCAUUGUUUCUGCUAUGCUACAUUUCCCUACAUGUACCAGACAGCGAGGAACUUGCCCAGGCCGAGGUGCUCACUGUGCUUGAAUGGGCUUCCAAACAAUCUCACAUUACCCAGGAUGAAACACUCGAGGCAUUGUUACAAGAGUCCAAGAGCAGGUUGGAGCUUUAUCAAUCCAGACGGUCAAGGGCAUUCCAUUGAUUCAAUCAAUAAACAGAUUAGUUUGUUGUGUAAGAAAAAAAAACCCACGUUUCCUAUAAUUUUCUCUGCUUUAUCAUUCUCAUGGAGUGUACAUACUUUAAUUUAAUGUAUUCUGAAAUUUUUUAGAAAUAGUUUCAAUCAUUUACAGAGCAUUCUC